ACCGCCACCGCCCUGCGCUGCCCUUUGUGACGCAUAGUCGCGCCCGGUGGACGCGCCCUCGAUAAUCGCUAGAAAUGCGUUUUGCUCGACGACGUUAUUGUGUGUAUACUCACGAUGAUGACGAUGAUGCGUUAAUGAUAAACGUAAGCGGUGCUCGAAUUGAGAGCCACUGCUUUCCUUCGUAUACAACUAGUACAUAUUUAAAUAAAAAAGAGAAAAGUGCAAGGCGUAGAUGUGUGAUAUGUGGUUAAAUUCAAAGAUUUUGUCGGCGUACAGUCGAUCGCGCUUGGAUUAUAUUCAUUGCGCAGAAAAGCCUGAUUAUCAUUGUACAAUUCAUACAUUGGUGAAUCUUCGUCGGACGUCGUCGCCAUAUCCAUCCCGAGGACGAUCUCAGCGCAGGAGUGCCGGUGGGCACUUAGUGGUCAGUGAUCAAUGAACUCUACUUGCACUGUGUUUUGGCUAGUGCAGUCAGUGUACAUAUCUAAAGGAUCGACAACAACAUGACUAUUUAAUAUUAAUAGUCGUGUGAAGCUUUCCGAAGGAAACAAAUGCAAAAUAUUGCUAUUUAAAAAAUAGCAUAAAUGAGUGAAAAUGAAUGAUAUAGACAGCAUGAGCAUGAAGGGCAGUGGAGGUUCCAAAAUGCCUCACAGUCAUUCGACUCCAGCUGGUGUUGAUGGCGGUAGUCGAACACCACCUACGACACCUAGGAAGGCGGGCAAAAUGCUUGCAGUUCGUGUACAAAUGUUGGAUGAUACUAUUACAAUGUUUCAAGUGCAGGCAAAAGCAUUAGGUAGAGUAUUGUUUGAUCAAGUUUGCAAACAGUUACAUCUUUUAGAAGCUGAUUAUUUUGGUCUUGAGUAUCAAGAACCUAAUGGGACAAAAUAUUGGUUAGAUUUAGAAAAACCAGUAUGUAGACAAGUGGGAUUAUCAUUGGUUGAUCCUCUUCUCAGAUUUUGUGUUAAAUUUUAUACACCAGAUCCUGCACAACUUGAAGAGGAGUUUACAAGAUAUUUAUUUUGUUUACAAAUCAAACGAGAUUUAGCUCAAGGUUUAUUACAAUGCAAUGAUAAUACAGCAGCUUUAAUGGCCAGCUAUAUCGUACAAGCUGAAUGUGGCGAUUAUGUCAUAGAAGAUUAUCCAGAUCAUACUUAUUUAUCAACAUACAAGUUUGUGCCUCAUCAAGAUCAAGAAUUAGAGCGACGUAUCAUGGAAAAUCAUAAAAAACAUGCUGGACAAUCUCCCGCAGAGGCUGACCUUAAUCUUUUAGAAACAGCACGACGUUGCGAACUUUAUGGAAUAAAAAUGCAUCCAGCUAAAGAUCACGAAAGAGUAUCAUUGAAUUUGGCAGUAGCACACAUGGGGAUAGUAGUUUUCCAAAAUUAUACCAAGAUAAAUACAUUUAGUUGGGCAAAGAUCAGAAAGAUUAGUUUUAAACGAAAACGAUUUUUAAUUAAACUACAUCCUGAAGGCUAUGGAUAUUAUAAGGAUACGGUCGAAUUCUUUUUCGAAGGUCGCAAUGAAUGCAAGAACUUUUGGAAAAAAUGUGUAGAAAAUCAUGGCUUUUUCCGUUGUUCUGUAGUCAAACACGUAGUACGACAAAAAACAAGGGUUCUUAGUCGAGGUUCAUCGUUCAGAUAUAGCGGAAAGACGCAAAAGCAAAUAGUUGAAUUUGUCCGUGACAAUUAUGUGAAGAGACAGACAUUCCAAAGGUCCAAUUCGUUCCGGCAGACUAGCGGUGGUAGGGCAUUGCAGGGCUCGGAGGGGGGAGGCUAUCGUGGGGCCACUCCGAGCAGCUCACUUAUGGGCAGCUCCAGCAUCUCUGCCCACCCCCUCCUGCCCCUCGGCGAUCCUGCCCUGGCAACCCCAGCUCUGUCUCUAUCAUGCGGCUCGAUGACACUGGAUUCUCCGACGACUGUGACGAGUGUCUCGAUGGGAGGGACGAUUCACCGUCGCGACGACACAGCUACAUCGUUUCGGACGCUCACCUCUAUCGACGUCCAUUCGCCAGCCACCCCCAGCCAGGCUCCAGCACAGCGGCAGACGCUUGCUACCAAUCAGCAACGGAUUUCAUCAGCAGGUGGUGAUAUUAAUCGGUGGAGCUACACAAACGGAUACGUGAAUUCUCCGGCAUGGCAUGUGCCGUUUCGUGUGAACCCGGUGCGUAACGUAUUGGCUCACGCGACACCUCGCUCCCUGACCAAUCGAUUCCUUCCGGUUUACCCACGUUGAGAAUCGAGAAACGGGGCCAAUCUUGCGAAAUGCGAAAGUGACGUACCACUCUGCAGGUCGGAUUCGACAAAAAUUAAUCAAAACAGAAUCGAAAUCUUUUCUGAAAAAAGAAUUUCGCGUAGAAAAGUAUUGUCUAUCUAACCAAAUUUUAAUUCUUCUUAUUUAUUUUUUUUUAAUUAUUAUUAUUAUUAUUAUUAUUAUUAUUAUUAUUAUUAUUAUUAUUAUUAUUAUUAUUAUUUCAAUUGACAACUCGUAAUUCCUCUGAAAAUAAGCGGAAUGUUUAAUCGUAUGCAAUUACAUUAAAAAAACUAUAUACAUCGUAGAUGUUAUCAAAGAAGAUCGGAUUGAACGGAAUCCGCUAAAAAGAUUUGUUGACGCAACGAUUAUUUGUAUACUUUCCAAUGAUUAGUUAAGAAUGAUUCAUUUAGAUUUAUGUUGUCCGAGCUAAAAAAACGAAAAAGUAGUUAACGAUAUAAUUCGUUGAUUCAACAAAUCAACUCAUGGCUGAAGAUCCAUUUUUUCUUCACGCUAUUACGCUGCUGCUCUUAGUCAUUUUUCUUUCUUUUUUUUUUUCUAGCCGCUACACGCCUUCUUAAUUAUUUAUUCUUUCAUAGAAAAGAACAAAAAAAGAUCUUAGCAAGAACAUCAUUAUUAGCCAUUACUGGCUAUAUUAGCGCGAUCGUAAUUUCCAUAUUCAUUAUAUAGAGAGGCAAAAGCGAUAGAUAAAAUAAUAUGCAAUAUUAACGAAUGGAUCAAAGAAAAAUUGUGAAAUAAAUAUAAAGAACGCUGGAAGAAAAGAAUGGAAACUUAAGAAUUAUGAAUUAAACAUGCAAAAUUUCUAUGAUGUUGCUAUCUUAUAAUUGUUACAUUCGCACUGCACACGUAGGUGUUAGCAUUAGAAAUAGCGGUAUGUUAGUUUGCAAGAUCAAUAAACUUUUGUUUAGAAAAUGAAGUAACGUUCAAUCGUAGUAUACUUUGUGCGAAAGAAAAAUAUUUCAAGGAUUUUUCAUACUUUCUUAUAUAAACUGUCUACUUUGAGAUCGAAUUAACUUUUCAAUUGUUCGUCAAAUUUAGUAGCUUCUUUCAAUGAGAAAAAAAAAGGAAAAAAAAAAAAAGAGAAAACUUUUUAUGCUUGUUCAGUUAACCUGGCUUUGGCACUUCGACAUUAAAUCACGAGAGCACCCUUUUGCACUUUGUUUACCUUGUAUUCCGUUGCGUUAUCUCAUUAAUUACAUUGCCUUAUUUAGUUUUAUGUUAAAAUUUGUAGUGAAUGAAACUAUACGAUAUUUAUUUAGCCAUCAUAGUUUUAUCAUGUGUCACGAAAGACAUCGUUAUGCCUCAUCAUAGUGUACCGUUCAAUCCUGUCUCCCGAUGUUGCGUAGAGAUGUGAAUUUUGGAAAAUCAUUGCCACGAACGAAUCAUUAAAAUUUGUUUUCUCUUGUCGAAUAUCAUUCCGCACGUUUCAAAGAUGAUCGUGACAAAUAACGCGUGAAAAUCAAAUCGACAAAAGAGUUUUAAUACGUGUACGAUUUUUUCAUAAAAGGUAAUAAUUUUUUAUUACAGAAAUUCUCAGGAACAAUAAGAUUUAAUGUGCGAUUAGAGAAAAUGAUUGCUACAUAGAAUAUUUUACCAAGAGGUUGAACUGUUAAAGCGAUUUAAGAAAAAAAAAAGUCAAUCUUUUGUUUGUUAAAAAACUGAUCAAACUCACAUCUCUAAUUGCAGUGUGGUACUAAUCUUUCCUGCAUCAUACACACUCGUAUUAUACACAUGUCAAUUAUCAAUUAUCUGCCGUUCUAUUCUUAGGUACCUUAUAAUCAUUGCAUAGCGUUCCCUUUUCACGAUAUUUCGUAAAUCUAUUUAUUACCACCUGUCAUGAUGUCCUACCACCAUUUAUGUCUCUACACCAUGUUUAUAUAAAUACACACAAAGAUUCGUGUGUCAUUCGCUCUAUUUUCCUUUCUUUCUCUCUCUCUCUUUCUUUCUUUCACCCUUAAUCGUGUGUUUCAUACGGGUAAUAUCAUAGUAUUUUUGCAGCAAAUGUGUAAAACACAUAUAUACACACACAAACACCACAUGUCCUGGAAUCAGCCUUUUCUUAUUAAUCUUCUUUGAUCUUCUAUUUAAUGUGGCCUUCUUCCAGGUGUUCAAGCUCGUUGUCAUUAAAUAUGUAAAUCAAUGUUAAUCACGGAUAAUAAUGACUUCGUUAUUAUUAAUGACUAUGCGAGACAACUAUUGUGUCAUUAUUGCGACAUACGAUGACUCUUAUUCUUUAUCCUUUUUAACGUAAAAAAAAAGAAAGAAAGAAAAAAAAAAGAAAAAAGAAACUUUUUCGAAAAUGACUGCAAGACGAUAUGUCUUGAGAUAUCUACACCUGUAAUGAUUGAUUAAUAGAUGUUAUGUUCAUUACUUCCUCGCUCGUACAUUCCCGAUUAUUAUAAUCAUGUGCCAAAUUUUUGAUAGCCUUCCGCUUGUGUUUCGAUAUUCGAAAAAUAUGAAGUAUCAUAUUGUUAAACGACUGAAUCCUUUUUACGCUUAUAGAGUCAUUUGUUCGUUAAGUGUUUCAAAAUUAAUCUUUUCCAAUAAAAAAAGAAAAAAAAAGAAAGAAAAGAAAAGAAAAGCAAGGAAAAAAGCAAGCAAAGAAAACAUGUACGCAAACAGAUUCGACGGGGAUGAAUAUCGUUCCCAUCAAGGAUUUGUCAUAUCGUCGCGAUAGUUUUUUUCGCAAAUGUCCUUAGGUACAAUGAAGGUUUCGAUAAAAGUCAGGAAAUUGGAAGUUUAAAGAGCGUUCGUUGAUACUACGAUUGUCUUUAUACGUUUUAAUUAGAAAUGAGAAAAAAAGAAAUGAUAUCAUUUUGAUCUCGCUAAAGGACUGUUUUUUUUUUUCCUUUAUCAUCAUGAGCGAUUUUAAAUUAAGAUAUUUAUAGGAGAAAAGGAAAGAAAGGUUUUAUCGUUGGACGAGUGUUCGUCGUGUCGGCUCAAUACUCCCUCGUCUGUUCUUUGUGUAAUUUUUUCGAUCGUUUAUCGAUAUACCGUACUUGUUAACUCUACACGCACCACAUGAACACCCACGCACACAUAUACAUACAUAUAUACAUACAUACAAUUAACACGUACAUAAAACCUGCUACCCGCGGUGGUUCCCCUCGGCAAGGAUAUUUAUGGAUAUGGCUGUCCAUAUAAUUCUGCUAUUACUUCCUCGAAAAACCAAAGAAAAGAAAAUAAAAUAAAAUAAAAGAAAUAAAUACAUAAAUGAAUAAAAGAAAAAAAGAGGGGAAUCACAGCGUUAGAACGGGGGAAAAAAGCGAUAUUCCAGGCGUAGGAAGUCUAUUGUACAUUGAUUAUUGAUACUUAAUUAUGAUAACAAUAAAUUAUAUACAAAGUCA